UGUCUCUCAAAAAUAAAUUCGCCGCGAACGUGUGAACAACACAGCCUUGUCGAAUUUUUUCUGAAUUCAGAAAUCUCCGUUGAAAACAUCCGUGUCGGCAGUGGGGAAACACGGGGCCGCGACAACCAGCGAAAACAUAACUAAUGUCGAACUUUUCCCAAAUCUUUGCAACGUAAUUGAGUUCGAGUGUGCUGCAUCAUCGGCUCCCCGCGUGCCCCUCGCCAACCAGCCCUGAGUCGCCGCCAAAUCAAGAACAGUUGCAAGUAAAAGGCGACAGACGAGCAGACUGUAAUGUUUUUGUUAUUUUUUUCACCGUUUUGAAUGACUUUUUUGUGCCAAAAAAAACCUACAACAAUGAAAUUCAAAAGUCCUGGAUUAUUUUGAAUUUCUGCAAAAAAAGUAACCAAAAACAAUAACAGCAGCAGAACGCUAAGCUAACGGUAACGAAACAGCAAAGUGAAAUCUCAAAGUAAGAAGAAAAAAAACACUCGCAGGCAAACGGCGCCUUUUGCUCCCCAGUCAGACUGAAGAAGCAGCAGCAGAGCAGCGGCAGCAUCAGGCGGAGAGCUUAGCUCAUUUGCGUGAUGCAAAAAGUUGCUUCCUCCUAAAAUACAAACACAAACAAAUACAACCAAAAACGCCUUUGAAACAUUUGUGGUUUGCCUUGCCAGAGCAUACAUUUGUUGCAGUUUGAAGACGCUUGCAACAGCAGCGCCAGAGCAGAGCAGCAAACCAAAACAUAAUUAAAAGUCUUCAGCAGCAGCAGCGAAAGAGCGACUCUGCACGCUCCACUCACACACACAAACCGCACUCAUAAACACACAUAUAGCGAGAGCAAUAAAAACGCACAAUGACCUUGCCAACCAAUACAAACGUAGCAGCGAACGGUGGCUGCGGCAGCGGCAGUGGCAGUGGCAGCGACGAUGACUCGGACAUGUUCGGCCCGCCACGCUGCUCCCCCCCGAUGGGCCAUCAUCAUCAUCGCUCGCGCGUGCCGAUGAUCUCGCCAAAGCUGCGGCAGCGCGAGGAGCGCAAGCGGAUCCUGCAGCUCUGCGCCCACAAAAUGGAGCGCAUCAAGGACUCGGAGACAAAUCUGCGGCGCAGCGUGUGCAUCAACAACACCUACUGUCGCCUCAACGAUGAGCUGCGACGCGAGAAGCAGCUGCGUCACCUGCAGAAUUUGCCCAGAACUGACGGCCGAAGUCCGGAAUUGGCGCGUGAGAAUCUCUUCCAGCCCAAUAUGGAUGAUGCCAAGCCGAACAACAACAGCAACGCCAAAUCCCAAUACGUAGACUGCUCUGCCACGGGCCGCACCAUGUGCUCCAUUGAAAAUCAGCCACCGAUGCGCCAGCAGCCGGCCACGCCCGCCUCGCAAUCCGCCGCGGCGGCCAUCCGGAAGCGUAAUCUGUCCAGCAGCAAUCUGGUGAACGAUCUGGAGAUACUCGACCGCGAGCUGAGCGCCAUCAAUGCGCCGAUGCUGCUCAUUGACCCCGAGAUCACACAGGGGGCGGAGCAGCUGGAGAAGGCCUCCCUGUCCGCAUCCCGCAAGCGAAUGAGGAGCAACAGCAUCAGCGAGGACGAGAGCGACCGGCUGGUGCGCGAAGCCCUGUCGCAGUUCUACAUACCGCCGCAGCGUCUCAUCUCCGCCAUCGAGGAUUGCCCCCUGGACGUGGUCGGACUGGGCAUGGGCGUAGGCAUGGGCAUGGGCAUGGGUAUGGGCAUGGGCAUGGGUAUGGGCAUGGGAAUGGGCAUGGGCAUGGGAAUGAGCAUGGGAAUGGGCAUUGGAUCGAGCGCUGGCGCCUCCAUGGACAGUCCGAGCAGCAAGCGCAACAAGCUGUCCGUCGAUCACCAUCAUCAUCAUCAUCUGGAGCUGGUCGACUUCGACAUGAAUCAGAACCAGAAGGACUUCGAAGUGAUAAUGGAUGCCCUGCGGCUGGGCACGCCCACGUCGCCGAGCGGCGCCAGUGACUCGUGCGGCCAGGCGGCCAUGAUGAGUGAGUCGGCGAGUGUGUUUCACAAUCUGGUGGUCACCUCGCUGGAGACAUGAAAGUAUCAGUAAACGUGCUCUGGCGGAGGAGCGGAGAAGCGGAGAAGCGCAGACAAAGAGUUAGGUUAUGUAAGGCACACUUACACACACAAACACACACACACACACACAUCUCUAGGUUAUAGCUAGCUACUAGUGAGAGCGAGCGAGAUGCCAGUAUUACUCAUUGCGAGCAUUUGGGGCCCAAGAGAGAGAGGAGAAGAGCAAAGAGAAAGAGCAGAGCGCAGCGGCAUCUUGCGGAGGAUUUGUACAAAGAAGAAAAAUCAAAUAUUUUAGAAUAAAAAUCAAAGAAGAAGCGUCAAGGAAAUGGACAAGCAGGCAGAAAGAGAAACAAAGAACAAAUGGAGACAACAAAUGAGAAAAACAAAAAGUGG